GUGUGUGUGUGGAGGGGAAUCGGCUACAUGGACGGGCACUUGCGGGGAGAGAUUCGUUUAAUCUCCUCUCUUCCCCUUUCCUCCACAAAGCGCCACUGCCUCUUCACCAAGGUCCAUAUUGAUCUGCGUCUUAUGAACUGACAAAGGAGGAAUCUGGAAUAGUCAUAGCACAAAAGCUUAAAACAACUGUGCCCUGAAGCAGGAGCCUUAUGAUGAAGUGAAAGGGGGAGGGACCGGAAUCUGGAGCCUCCUGAGAGAAAUGUGAAACGCAGCAGCGAGGCCGGUCCCUUAACUUCUUUGGCCAGUUAGCCACUCACUGCAGAGGUGGUGGAGAGGCUUUGAGAGGGGGCAGCGCUCCCCCCCCCACUAAGGCUAUGAUGUCCGUUGAAGGAUCAACAAUAACAAGUAGGAUAAAGAACCUGCUUCGAUCUCCCUCGAUCAAACUGAGACGGAGCAAGCCAGGGAACAAGCGGGAAGACAUCAGUACGAAGGUGACCUUGGAGAAGGUGCUGGGAAUCACUGUCUCUGGAGGCAGAGGACUGGCUUGUGACCCUAAGAGUGGACUCGUUGCCUAUCCAGCUGGGUGUGUCGUUGUGCUGUUCAACCCAAGGAAAAAUAAGCAACAUCAUAUUCUGAACAGCUCCAGGAAGACUAUUACAGCUCUUGCUUUCUCUCCCGAUGGAAAGUACCUGGUUACCGGAGAGAGUGGGCACAUGCCUGCGGUCCGCGUAUGGGAUGUUGCUGAGCGGACCCAGGUGGCUGAACUUCAAGAACAUAAGUACGGCGUGGCGUGCGUGGCAUUCUCCCCAAGCUCCAAGUACAUCGUCUCAGUGGGUUACCAGCAUGACAUGAUAGUCAAUGUUUGGUCCUGGAAGAAAAACAUAGUUGUAGCAGCCAAUAAGGUCUCAAGCAAAGUGACCGCCGUUUCAUUCUCUGAGGACUGCAGCUACUUUGUCACAGCUGGAAAUCGCCACAUCAAAUUUUGGUACCUGGAUGAUAGCAAAACCUCUAAGGUGAAUGCUACAGUCCCCUUGCUGGGGCGUUCCGGUUUGCUUGGGGAACUGAGGAACAACUUCUUCACCGAUGUGGCGUGCGGCAGGGGUAAAAAAGCAGACAGCACUUUUUGUAUCACUUCCUCAGGUCUCCUGUGUGAAUUCAAUGAGAAGAGGCUGCUGGACAAGUGGGUGGAGCUGAGAAACACAGACAGCUUCACAACUACAGUGGCAAACUGCAUCUCAGUGAACCACGAUUACAUCUUCUGUGGCUGUGCUGAUGGCACUGUGCGGAUUUUUAAUCCUUCAAAUCUUCACUUUGUGACUACACUCCCUAAGCCACACUUCCUGGGAACAGAUAUUGCCAGCGUCACUGAAGCCAGUCGGCUCUUCUCCAACGUGACCGAUGCCAAGUAUCCAGACACCAUUGCCUUGACCUUUGACCCUAAUAACCAGUGGCUAUCAUGCGUUUAUAACGAUCACAGCUUGUACGUGUGGGAUGUCAAAGACCCCAAGAAAGUGGGCAAGGUUUAUUCUGCCUUAUAUCAUUCCUCAUGUGUUUGGAACGUUGAGGUGUACCCCGAGGUGAAGGAUAGCAAUCAGUCUUGCUUGCCUCCAAACUCUUUCAUCACCUGCUCCUCUGAUAACACCAUCCGUCUCUGGAACACCGAGAGCUCCAGCAUCCACGCUGCCACUCUGCAUCGGAACAUCCUAAGCAAUGACCUGAUGAAGAUUAUCUAUGUAGAUGAAAACACUCAGGCUCUUCUGGACACUGAAUACAACUCAGGUGGAGGUGUGGAGAAAGCUGAUACACAGACCCUUGAUGCAAAAGUGGGGAUUCGCACAGUGUGUGUGAGCCCUACAGGGGAGCACCUGGCCUCAGGUGAUAGGAUAGGCACUCUCAGGAUCUACGAGUUGAAGCCCCUGAGAGAGAUGCUGAAGGUGGAAGCCCAUGAUUCUGAAAUCCUCUGUCUUGAGUAUUCCAGACCUGAGACAGGGUUGAAGCUUCUAGCAUCAGCCAGUCGGGAUAGAUUGAUCCAUGUUUUGGAUGCAGGGAAGGAUUAUAGCUUGCAACAGACCCUGGAUGAGCAUUCAUCCUCCAUUACAGCGGUGAAAUUUGCAGCCAAUGAUGGAAAGGUGCGAAUGAUCAGCUGUGGAGCAGAUAAGAGUAUCUAUUUCCGCACUGCGCAAAAGACAGGUGAUGGGGUGCAGUUUACUCGUACGCACCACGUUGUUAGGAAGACCACUCUUUAUGACAUGGAUGUGGACCCUAACUGGAAAUAUGCUGCUAUUGGAUGCCAAGAUCGUAACAUCAGGAUUUUCAACAUUAGCAGUGGGAAGCAAAAGAAGCUAUACAAGGGAUCCCAAAGUGAAGACGGUACACUAAUUAAAGUGCAGACAGAUCCCUCUGGUCUGUAUAUUGCUACAAGCUGCUCUGACAAGAACCUUUCUAUCUUUGACUUCUACUCAGGCGAAUGUGUAGCCACAAUGUACGGGCACUCAGAGAUUGUAACCGGGAUGAUGUUCAGCAAUGACUGUAAACACUUGAUCUCAGUCUCUGGUGACAGCUGUAUUUUCAUCUGGCGGCUGAGUUCUGAGAUGACCAUUAACAUGCGGCAGCGGCUGGCUGACAUGAAACAAAGAGGAAAGCAAGUAGAGAAAGCACAACCAGGCAAAACAGCCGGGCUCACCAGGCAUGAAUCGGUCUCUGUCCUCUCAUCUGCACCAGUGCUCUCGUCAGACAGUGACAAAGAUGGAGAAGAUGAAGGGAAUGAUGAGGAUGAGUUACAUGGGCUGCAGUCUUUCCAAAUGCAGACCAAUUGCAACACUGAACGGGAUUCAGAUUCAGAUAUUUCUCUUUCAAGAAGCCUGUCCCACUGGGAAAUGAGAAGGGCUAAAGAAAUAGCAAUGAUCCAGUGUUCGGAGACCAGCAUGAGCAAGGCACCUCGGCAGCGUGGUCGUUGGUCCCAGCCAACGAGCAGCUUAGAGAUGACAGUUAAAUCCAUGCUUGAUUUACGCCAGCUGGAGUCGUUCUCAGUCUCCCGGUCCGCCAGCCGAGAUUCGCUUUCCCAAGCCAGCAAUGGGGAUGAGCAAGUAGAACAUCCCGAUAUCCCUCUACGUGUUAGCAAUGUUGGAGGCACCACACCUCUUCAGGAAAACCAGCCUUGCGUUCGACCCCAAGUUAUUCGACUUGUGUCCUGUGAAGGUGGAAUUUUCCCCCAGGAACUGGAACCUUCGGAGAGUGAGGAAUGUGUAAUCUACCCAGAGCAAGAUGAAAUGCACCCUACAGACAUUAGCAGUGAAUUCCAAGUAAAAGCACUUCCCCAUGGGAAACUAGGUAGAGGUUACCACAGCAAUGGAUGUCCAGAUAAACACAGCCCCGAUAGCGCCUGCUCCGUGGAUUACAGUAGCAGCCGAUUAUCGAGUCCCAACGAAGAUUCUGAGAGUACAGAACCUCUCAGUGUAGAUGGCACCUCAGACCUGGAUGAACAGGUGGGAGAAGAGGAUGAGGAGGACGUAACCACUGGACUGUUGGAGGGAGAUGGCCCCAGGACUCCGGAUCAAGAGAAGUUCCUCAAGCAGCAUUUUGGGACUCUGGCCAGUAACGGUGAAAAGGGUGGAUCAUGUAGGACUCUGGAGAGAAUAGAAAACAGUAUUUCUUCUCGUUUUCUGUCCCAGACUCCUGCUUUCAGGCAACUGUCGCUUUCUUCAUCAAACCUAGUACUGGAUCGGAAACCCACUGAGAGCCCUGCCUUGUCAAAGCAAGUUUCUUCUGAUCUGUUGAAAAAUGGGAUUGACCACCAGAACACGGCUAUGGAGAAUGGCAUCUUCCAAAAUGAAGUUAAUUCCUUUAGGUCACUUUAUAUGCAGAGAAAGAGAAAACCUGCUGUAGAGAUCAACAGGGGUCUUGGAAGACUGGCUGGGCCUUUCCCAGAUAGUGAUGGGGCUAUGGUGAUGAGGAAAUCCCAGUCAGUUCAUGACCUUGUCCAUAAUGAUAAGAUUCCAGGGGUGCUGCCUUCUGCCAGGCAACGUCCUCAGACCCUAUUGGUAGGUGAGAAGGAUCCAAGGUCAAAUAACUGUCGGGACUUGUCUGCUACUGUGCUGAAGAUAGAUGGCUCCAACUCUUUGCAAGCCAAAGACAGUAAAGCUACAAAACCAAAGUCCUACAUGAGCCUCACCACUAGCUUCAUGGCCAAGAUAUCCCGUAGCGUAUCUGUGGGAGAGAAUCUAUGCCUUGGUGACUCCACGGAAAACCUGGUUCAGGUGAAGGUUACCCCACAAGUGCCAGAGAAGACACAGUUAAUUCCUCUAGGGGACACUGAGAAGAACAGCAAGCCACCUUUGAAAGAAAAUGGCCCAGUGAAACCUGCUCUUCAGCAAGCCACAAGCUCUUCAUCACCCAAAUCCUUUCACAGCAAGUUAGCAUCUAAUCGGGCCCAUUUGAUCCUGGACAUCCCCAAGCCUCUCCCUGACAGACCGACAUUAGCUUCCUUCUCACCAACUGCCAAAUCAAAAUCGCCGCUACAACCAGGGUCUCCCCAGUCACCUGCUGGCAUUGGUAAAAAGAAACCCUCCUUUCCUGAAGGAUGGGCUUCAAAAUUGGAAAGCCAAGCAACUGUGCCUCUGGGCCUUGGUAAAGGUAGCCCAGUGAGUCCCUCUAAAGAGAAUCAGACAUUACCGAGGACCAAAGUCCAGAUUGAGCCAGGGUUUUCUAAUCCCAAACUGAAAGAGUUUUCAAAUGGUCUGCAUCUAGAGUCCCCAGAAAAAAGGCCACUGAAAGGCAGAGAGGAAGUUGCCAGCAUUGGUUGUGCACCAGAUCAUCUGCGUGAGCUUUGUUCUUUUGAGCCAAGCAGUCCGAGGUCUCCCACAGCUGUGGCGGCCCUGACAGAACACUCAGGUGUGCACGGAUACCCGUCUCUAAUCUUCUUCCCCCUUCUGUCUCCUGUCUUUGUGAAUCGCUUCACACUUCCAUCACAUUUCUUUACGUCCAGCUUCUGGCCUGUCUCGUCCUGUCUGCACCUGUCUCGUUCCAUAAACCAUCCUUUCAAUGGAGGUUCAUCCAUCAGUGUUGAACAAUGCAAGCAUGUCGUGUCUGAGCUCCAGGACAGCAUGCGCAAGGCCAUCCAGCUAUACCAUAUGGUGUCUACUAACAUGGAGUCUUCAGCUGACAAAGAUGAGAUUGCUGGCCUCUUGACUGACACCUUCUCUGUGAUGAAAAAAGAACUAGAUUCCUUGAAGGAUGGGAAUGAACUUCAAAGAGAGAAAGAAGUGUUGGUGAAGCCACAAGAUACAGUUGCAAUGCCAUUGGGUGAGGGAAGUGGUUCUACCUUAUCCAGUCCUCGCCAUUUUGGAGAUGAACAAACGCUUGCUUUGUUGGAACAAUACUCAGAGUUGUUGCUACAAGCUGUUGAGCGACGUAUGGAUAAAAAACUCUAAAGAAUGGGUCUAAUUGACAUAAACUUUUAAUAAGAAAAUUAACAGGACAAGUUUGUGGUGAAAGCCUUGAAUGAAUGCUAUCAUUGUUUUUAUCCAACGAAGAAGGACUUUUUCUUUAACAAGAAACAACCUGUUCUCUUAAGGAUUUCUCUAUGGUUUUCAGAAAUGUGCUGGUCACAGUAACUAAUCUUUCUGUGCCCACUUCCUCUCUUUUGAGUGUUGUUAAGUAAAACUGUUUGGAAACAUUUAACACAGCCAAAAUGUUUGGCUUAAAAAAAAAAAUCAUACAGGAUCAAACAGAAUCAAUCCAACUGUGACCCACCCUGAAACUGCUGAUUUCACAAAAAAGAUCAAGAUAACGUCACUCACUCCUUUGGUAGCGUUGUCUCAAUCUAUGUACAGACUGUUAAACCUUUUAUUUAUUAAUUUAUUUUUGUGUUUGUUCCUCUAAACUUUUCACAUACGUUUUGUACCUGUGGAUGUUUCUGCAUCUUUCCCACAAUCUGUAGUGAGAGACAAGUUUUGUUACAGUAAAUGUGCUAAUAGUUUAGCAGGCAGGAUCAUUGAACUACUUUCUGCUGCAGCCUGCCUUGCUGAAUUUCACUCCCUUAUAUCUGGAUGUAUUACACAUAGGUUUGGUUUUUUUGGCAUUUACACUCUUGUUCUUUCAGCUUUGCUUUCUAUUUUAAAGAAAAACCUAUGCAUUACCAAAUCUACACUUGCUUCCAGAGGACAGUGUACCCUUUGGACCAAGCUCUGGAGAUCUGUUACAAAUGGAUUAACUAUUUUACAAGAACUGUUCAGUAUUUUCUCAGGUUUUAUUAAAAAAAAUUGAGCUCCUAUCAGACAUCAAGGGAAGAAUUGUCCAAAUCUAUUACAGUAUAAGGUUCAUAUUAGCAGUGUUGUUCAAGUUCUGGUUCUACUUCUUAAAUACUGUUCAAGGGAAGCAGGAGAGGUACCUAUCAUCCCAGAGGGAAGGGGGGCUUUUAUUCAUCUUGAGGGGUAAAAACAGAAAACCACCAGACUAAAUGUGAAUGGCCAGCAAGUACAAUUAUUGUGAUGUUACUAUCUCCAUUUCUUUUUCCAUGAUGUAUCAAUUGGAAUUUUUUUUAAUGCCAAUGGGUUGAGAAUGAAGCUGCAUGGAAUUUGUCUUCAGCAAGAACCACAUUUUGUCAGACUUCUCCAGUCUCGUAUAAAUUGCUGUUGUUCAAAUAAAGUAGGAAAGAGCUGAUUAUUUUCAAUUAAACAAGAAAGGAAAUUAAUAGGGCUAUAUAAGCAUUCUUUACAUCUCUCUCUCCUAUUUAUUUUGUUUCUAAGGCAGCAUAAUUCCCAGUAUACUGAAUUAUCAGUCUGACCAUGUUCCCAAAGUACUGGUUUUAAAAAUAACUAAUCUACAGAAUUUUUGGU